AUGGCUUCCGGGAAAACGAAAACCUGCUUUGCCACCUCAUCCCCAUACGAAGAAAAGAUUGGUUACUACCGCGCCAUUCGCCAUGGUAAUCAGAUCUUCGUUUCCGGAACUACAGCGGUUGAUCCUAGUUCUCCCACCAAUGCACCGCGAAUUCUUCACCCAGAAGACGCCAAGCAACAGACGUGCGUUGCUCUAGAGGAGAGUAUCCGAGCUAUCCAAGGCCUUGGUGGUAGGGGCGUGCAGGAUAUAGUUCGCGUCAAGAUGUUUGUCAGUCGCCAUGAAGACUGUGAGGCUGUGGGACUAGGAUUUAGUGAGAUAUUGGGCAAGCAUAAGUGUAAUGGGAAUGGUAUUAUAGGAGCUGCUGCCACAAUGAUUGUGGUUAAUGGCGGUUUUAUAAAUAAAUGGAUGCUUGUUGAGGUUGAGGUAGAUGCUAUUGUGGAGUAG